CUCCCACAGAAGGCGAUCUAUCAUAACGGCCAUGGCUUCCUCAACUCAGUUGAACGACCUCUUCGACGAAGAUAACGAUGCUGUUCAUUUUGCCUCCACCGCUCCUGCUCGCCGUUCACCAGUUUUCGACGAUGUUGAAUUUGACGAGCCUUUGGAUUCCUACGAUGUAGUACGGCCUGCAUCGAGGCCAGUAUUACGCGACGAUGAUUUGCCGCCAGAGAUUGAUACAGAUUUGCGAAUUCCAGCAAACGCCCUGAACGACAGUACUGCGGCUUUUAGUAGUCACCACAGGAGUAGUGGUGAGGGGUUGGGUUUGGAUGAGGAAGUCGUCAUAAAACCGCGAAAGGAAAGAGUGAAGUUGAACGAGGAAAGACUUCUUGGCCCAAUGGGCUUGCCAAAGCUGAGAAAGGAUGCGCCAAUGAAAUUGAAGUUCAAAGGCAAGGGACAUGAGUUCCGGGAUCUAUCGAACCUUCUCAACUUCUACCAGUUAUGGGCACACGGAGUGUACCCCAAAGCGUCGUUCAGAGACUUUCUUACAAUGACAGAGAAGCUUGGCCACUCCAAACGGAUGAGAGUUGCACGCGCUGAGUGGAUUGAAACUGAAAGACGGAAAGAUACCGCCCAGCUGCAGGAGGAGGACAAACCCGAAGAGUUAAAUCCCUUCGCACCUGGCACCAAGGCCGAUACGCAACCACCAUUCGAUGCUGCUGAUGGAUUCCCGAGUGACGAUGAAGGCUUGGAGCCAAUGGAAGUCAAUAUGCCAGCGGAAUCCGCACUGGUGAAGCUUGAAACUUCCCACUUACAGGACGACGACGAAGACGCACUUGCAGCGAUGGCAGAAUUUGACAGUGAGGUACCGUGGUGAAUUGUUUGAGACAUCCUGGAGCUCGG